CUGUACUAGCAAUCAUAUUUGCCAGUUGCAGCAUCUGUAGCUUUUUUCUUUCUAUUCGUGCACCUUCCGUCCCCGGCAGAUUAAUGGCGACUGUGAUGGCCAUGAGCUCCUUCGCCGGUGUGGCCGUCCUGCCGCGGGGCUCAGCUGGGCAGCGCUUCGGCGCCCGGUCUCUGCCGGCACUGGGCCGACGCGCACUCGUCGUCAGGGCACAGGCCGAGGGCCCGAGCGCACCACCGCCAAACAAACCCAAGGCGAGCACCUCCAUCUGGGACGCGCUGGCGUUCAGCGGCCCUGCGCCGGAGCGCAUCAACGGACGGCUGGCCAUGGUGGGCUUCGUGACGGCGCUUGCGGUGGAGGCAGGCCGUGGCGACGGGCUCCUCUCGCAGCUCGGCAGCGGCACCGGGCAGGCGUGGUUCGCCUACACCGUGGCGGUGCUGUCCGUGGCUUCGCUGGUGCCGCUGCUCCAGGGCGAGAGCGCCGAGGGCAGAGCCGGCGCCAUCAUGAACGCCAACGCGGAGCUCUGGAACGGCCGCUUCGCCAUGCUCGGCCUCGUCGCGCUCGCCGCCACCGAGAUCAUCACCGGCGCGCCUUUUAUCAACGUGUAAACUAGCUUUGUUGUCUCGACCGGAUAACACAACCUGUAGCUAGUACUAGUAGGACAUGUAAAUGAUGAGAGCUGAUCAUCCUUGUAUUCUUUGCAGUACUACUAAUUAAAGACUGUUCAUAAAAAUGGUAAUAGUACAAGACAUUGGUGGAUGAGUUUGCUGUA